UAAAGAUUGAAAGAACAUGCCCUAAGCCUAUUCUUUGUUAGGGUCCUCAUUUGUUUUAUAUUUUCAAUCAUGUUAGAUGUGAGUAAUCUUCUCGAUUCUUCUACUUCUUUACAAAUUACUAGAUGCCCUAAUUUCUUACCAGUUUCUUCUACUCUCAACUGCGAUUCUUCUACAUCUGAUUCUCUUUACCCUGUUGAAUCGAAAACGCUUAAUCAAGAGAAGAAUACUAGUUGGUGUAGUAAUUUGGGUACUCGAUUAGGUAAUCCGAUUAGUACAAAUGGUAAAAUUUCUAAGGGUAACAGUGGUAAUAUUGGAAUUAAGGUGUUUGUUCGCUCAAAGAUGAUUAAGAGAUGUGAGAAAAAGGAUGUUGUUAAAUUGAAUCUGGAUGAUUGUGUGAAAAGUUGGAUUCAGAAGAAAAUUGAAUCUGGAGUUCCUGAAAGACGAUGUUUUCUCCCCUUUCUUGUUAAUGCCCCCAAAAUGGAUGAAUGUCGCGCAUGCAACGAUUUUAUCUAUUCUGGGGAAAAAACAGUAUGCAGUGUCCGAGGUUGUCAAGAAUCAUAUCAUGAAACGUGCGUAAGGGAAAUACUUGGAUUCUCAACUUCAAACAAUUUCAAGUGCCCCCAUCAUGCUUGUUUCGUUUGCAAACAGAACAAAAACUGGCGUUGCAUAAGAUGUCCGGCGGCGUCACAUCCUAAAUGUGCUCCCUGGCCUGAUAAAGUGAUCUAUCUAACGACUAGUCAACCAGGGCGAGCAGUUUGUUGGAGGCAUCCAACUGAUUGGCGUCUUGAAAAGAAGGAUGAAGUCCCAACAAGUGAUGUAGAGGAAAUAUUUCGGAGAUUGCCUAUACCGUACAUCGAAGAAGAGUUUCAGAUUAAUCUUAUGUGGAAGGACUUGAUGGAGCAAAAUAUGGAGCCACCUCAAUAUGCUCAUAUAAAACGAAAUGUGUACCUUGUGAAGAAAAAGCGUGAGGAUACUGAUGCUGGUAUUGGAUGCACAAAUUGCAAAGCUGAUAAUGAAAUGUGCUCAGAGGAGUGUGUUUGCAGGGGCCAAUCCAUCAGCUGCUCCAAGUCUUGCCAUUGUUCAGAAGCAUGCACAAAUAGACCAUUCCGUAAAGAGAAAAAAAUUAAAGUUGUCAGGACUCAGUUUUGUGGAUGGGGAGUAGAGGCAGCUGAAUCGCUUAAGCGGGGCGAUUUCGUUAUCGAGUAUAUUGGAGAAGUAAUUAAUGAUGCUUUAUGUGAACAAAGGCUCUGGGACAUAAGAUUUAGAGGUGAUGAGAACUUCUACAUGUGUGAAAUUCGCAAGGACUUCACAAUCGAUGCAACUUUCAAGGGCAACGUCUCUCGUUUCCUGAACCACAGUUGUGAUCCUAACUGUAAAUUGGAAAAAUGGCAAGUUGAUGGGGAGACACGUGUGGGUGUUUUUGCUGCUCAGUCUAUAAAUGUUGGAGAGCCAUUAACUUAUGACUAUCGGUUUGUGCACUUUGGUACCAUGGUGAAAUGCCAGUGUGGUUCUAAAAACUGUCAAGGAUACCUUGGGACCAAGAGAAAGGAAAAGAAAUUGGAUAUCAGAUGGGGUUCGAAACGCAGAAGAUCAUCAAUGACUGUCUUGGAAAUUAUACGCAAUUGAUUUGGUUCUUAUCAUUUCUUUUCAACUGGAUACUGCAGGCAAGAGCAGAUCCUGUUGUGUCUUUUCCUGUUAUUUUGUUAAACAGGUUCAUUCAGGUAACAUUCAUUGGAAGGUCAGAUUUUUUUCUUACUUCUCACCUACCCGUCGGCCCAAAAGUUCGUGAUGGGUUAUGUAACAAUUAUAGUCGGCGAAUAACAAUCCCUAUAACAUUUGAGAUAUAAGAAUCACAAACAUUAAUUGAUGCGUGUAAAUUUUAGUCUUUUAAAGAAAAUAACUGUUAUUUUUACUUAUAAAAUAACUGAUGCUUUAGAUUGUGCUCGCUUCUAAUUUCUGUUUUUCAUUCGAGUUCUUUGCCCCCCUCCUUGGAGACUGUUCGAUAGCUUGCGCAAUUGGGUAGAAGGCCAUUGUGUACCAAGACACAACAGCUUGGUUAAAG